AUGGAGUUAUCCGGCAUGGACAGAUUUUGCGGAUCCACUUUUUGGGACUGGAACUUAUCCUGGAACACCACCGAUCCUGAUGUUACACCGUGUUUUGAAAAGACGUUUCUAGUCUGGGCACCAUGCCUAUUUUUGUGGCUUUUUUCUCCACUAGAGAUCUAUUACUUAGUGAAUAGUAAAUACAGGGACAUACCAUGGAACUGGCUCAAUAUGGUGAAAGUGGCUGGUGUAUCUACAUUAUGUAUAAUAUCAACACUCGAUUUUGUAUAUGCAAUAAUCCUAUAUUCAUCUGGGAUGGCUGUAUUUAGUGUAGAUAUCUACACACCACUUAUAAAACUAAUAACAUUUGGAUUUGCCACAGUUUUAAUUAUUGCCAAUCGAAUAAGAGGAUUAAGGUCAUCUGGAAUAAUAUUUCUGUUUUGGUUAUCCAUGGCAUUUUGUGGGAUGGUUCAAUAUCGUACGGAACUCCGAUCAGCAUUUAAUGAUGUUCCAUUACAUAACUACCAAUUUAUAAGUUACAUGGUGUACUACCCUAUAAUCUUAAUAGAGUUUGUUGUAAGUUUCUUUGCCGAUGCCGAACCUAGGAAAUCUGACUAUUAUUCUGUCCAGGUACCAUGUCCUGAGAUAAAAGCAUCAUUUCCAUCUAAGGUAAUAUAUUUAUGGUUUGACUCAUUUGCUUGGUCUGGCUACAAGCGCCCCAUAGAACCCAAAGAUUUAUGGAAUAUGAACUAUGACGAUACUUCACAAAUUGUAGUUUCAGUCUUUGAUAAACAUUGGAAAAAUUCUUUAAUUAAAGCGAAAUUACAUGAUAGUAAAAAAGUACAUUCCAUUAAAAAUAAACUUAAUAUGAGUGUAGAUGAUACAAAAUACACACAUCAAAAUCAAUACAAAGUAUCAAUUCUUCCUGUUUUAUGCAAAUCAUUCGGCAGUACAUUUUUAUUUGGUUCAUUCUUAAAAUUAAUUGACGAUUGCUUAGUUUUUGUUAGUCCUCAAGUACUCAAGCAUUUGAUAAGUUUUGUUGGAAAUUCGACUGAGCCUUUAUGGAGAGGAUAUUUUUAUAUUUUUCUCUUGAUGAUGACAGCGAUGUUGCAAACGAUAAUAUUAUCUCAGUACUAUCAUCGUAUGUACCUCGUUGGUAUGCGUGUUCGUACUUCACUUACUUCUGCCAUUUAUCGAAAGGCUUUAAGAAUUUCAAACACAGCAAAAAAAUCAUUCACAACCGGUGAAAUAGUUAAUUUAAUGGCCGUGGAUGCAUAUAGAUUUAUUGAUUUGAUAACUUAUUUGAAUAUGAUUUGGUCUGCACCAUUACAAAUUGCUCUUGCAGUAUACUUUUUAUGGCAGCUAUUAGGACCCAGUGUACUUGCUGGACUAUUUGUGAUGAUUAUAUUAAUACCAAUAAACGCCGCUGUGGCUGAUAAAUCAAUGAAACUUCUCAUCAAACAAAUGGCAAACAAAGAUGAAAGAGUUAAAUUAAUGAAUGAAAUAUUGUCCGGAAUAAAAGUCUUAAAACUAUAUGCUUGGGAACCAAGUUUUGAACAAAAAGUAUUGGAUAUUCGAGGAAAAGAAAUUAAAAUUCUUCGCAGUGCAGCUUAUUUGAGUGCCACUACUUCGUUUAUUUGGUCGUGUGCACCAUUCCUGGUAUCAUUAGUAACUUUUGUAGUAUAUGUAUUAUCAGACGAUAGCCAUAUAUUGGAUGCACAAACAGCUUUUGUUUCUUUAUCUUUAUUCAACAUUUUACGUUUUCCAUUAUCCCUUUUACCAAUGGUUGUGUCAAGUAUUGUUCAAACUAGUGUAUCAGCAAAGAGAAUAAAUACAUUUUUGAACUCUGAAGAGUUGGAUCCAGAUUCCGUCACUCACGAUUUUAAUGAAAAGGAUCCAAUUGUAAUUGAAAAUGGUACAUUUACAUGGGGGAAACCAACUGAAGCACCAACAUUAUCUAACAUAAAUUUACGAGUCUUAUCUGGACAAUUGGUUGCUGUGGUAGGAACUGUCGGUUCUGGAAAGAGCUCUUUACUAUCUUCUUUACUUGGUGAAAUGGAUAAAGUUUCUGGCAGAGCUAAUACUAAAGGAUCAAUUUCAUAUGUACCACAACAAGCCUGGAUACAAAAUAAAACACUUAAAGAUAAUAUAUUGUUCGGUCAGUCCUUUAAUGAUAAAGCUUAUAAUAAAGUUAUUGAUGCAUGUGCAUUAAAAACUGACUUCCAAAUGCUUCCAGCAGGCGAUGUCACAGAAAUUGGUGAAAAGGGAAUUAAUUUAAGUGGAGGCCAAAAACAAAGAAUAAGUUUGGCAAGAGCAGUGUAUAAAGAAAGUGACAUCUAUUUUUUGGAUGAUCCACUAAGUGCUGUUGACUCACAUGUCGGUAAACAUAUUUUUGAACACGUUAUAGGACCUACAGGAUUGUUGAGAAAAAAAACACGAAUUUUGGUCACUCAUAGUAUAACUUAUCUCAGAGAUGUUAAUUUAAUUGUGGUAAUGAAAGAUGGUCAAAUAUCAGAGACUGGAACAUAUAAAGAAUUGAUUGAUAAAAAAGGAGAUUUUGCCGAUUUCUUACUAUUGCACAUGCAAGAACAAAAUGAAAUUGACGAAACAGAAAUUGAUAAGUUAUUAGAAGACGCACCUGCAGAUUUAAAAGAAAAGUAUGUUCGCCAGAGAAGUGAAUCCAAUUCGGUUUCUUCAAUGCAAAGGCAAAUAUCUAUUGAUUCAAAUAAAUCAACUCCUCGACCUGACGUGGAACAGAUAGCUAAAAUUAUUGAAUUAGAGAAAGCAGAAAUUGGCAAUGUUAAAUGGGAUGUAUUCAAUCAGUAUAUUAUGUCAAUUGGACCUAUAUUUUGCGUAACUUCAGUUUUACUAACUUUUUUAUUCCAAGGACUUUCUAUUUCAUCGAACAUCUGGCUGUCUGUAUGGUCUAAUGACGAUAGUUCGCUUACUCGAGAAACGGAAAAUGAUAGCAAAAGGUUUAUGCACUUAACAGUUUACGGAUUACUUGGCUUUGGUCAAGUUGUUUCUACAGUAUCAUCAUCAAUAACUUUAUCGCUGGGCUCUGUUCUUGCUGCUGAAAAGUUUUACAAAUUGAUCAACGAACGAAUUUUUAAGAAUCCUUUAAGCUUGUUUGAUACAACACCUAUUGGGCGUAUAUUGAAUAGAGUAUCUAAAGACAUUGAUACCAUUGACAAUAUAUUGCCUAUGAUGAUUAGAUCUUUUAUAGAAAUUCUAGUUUCGGUCAUUGGUACAUUGAUAGUUAUCAGUUACAGUACACCCAUAUUUAUAGCGGUGAUUAUUCCUAUUACAAUAAUGUAUUUCAUCAUACAGAGAUUUUUCAUUGCAACAUCGCGUCAACUGAAAAGACUCGAGUCUAUAUCUCGUUCCCCAAUUUAUUCACAUUUUAGUGAAACAGUUACAGGAGCUACAUCGAUUCGUGCUUACAGUGUAGAAUCCAAAUUCAUACUUGAGUCUGAACAAAAAAUAGAUUUCAAUCAGUCAAGUUACUAUCCAAAUAUCGUGGCCAAUAGAUGGCUAGCUGUAAGGUUGGAAACUAUUGGUAAUUUUAUUAUUUUCUUCUCAGCAUUGUUUUCGGUUAUAGAAAGAGAUACGUUAAGUCCUGGUAUUGUUGGUUUGUCCGUUAGCUAUGCUCUACAGAUCACACAAUCACUCAAUUGGUUGGUUCUUAUUACUUCUGAAAUCGAAACUAAUAUUGUGUCUGUAGAACGUAUUAAAGAGUACGAAAAAACACCACAAGAAGCUGCGUGGGAAGUACCAUCAACUCAGCCACCCAGAGAAUGGCCAACUAGAGGAGAUGUUCAAUUUAAGAACCUUAAAGUUCGUUAUCGCGAAGGUUUAGAUUUAGUAUUGAAAGGCUUGGAUUUAUUAGUGGAAGGAGGCCAAAAGGUGGGAAUAGUUGGGCGUACAGGAGCCGGAAAAUCGUCUUUGACUCUUAGUUUGUUCCGUAUCGUCGAAGCUGCCGAAGGAUCAAUUCUUAUCGACGGCGUUGAUAUAUCUAAAAUUGGAUUGCAUACUUUACGCAAACGUCUCACAAUUAUUCCACAGGAUCCAGUAUUGUUUUCUGGAACAUUGAGAAUGAAUUUGGAUCCAACUAAUAAUAAUACUGACGCACAGCUAUGGAGCGCCUUAACACUUGCCCAUUUAAAAGCGUAUGUUGUAGGGCUGGAUGGUGGUUUGGAUCACGAAAUGUCUGAAGGAGGAGACAAUCUCAGUGUGGGCCAAAGACAAUUGGUGUGUUUGGCAAGAGCAUUGCUAAAGAAGACAAAAAUAUUAGUGUUGGACGAAGCGACGGCGGCAAUCGAUUUGGAAACGGAUGAUCUCAUACAGACCACCAUACGAACGGAAUUCAAAGACUGCACAGUGUUGACGAUCGCUCAUCGUCUGAACACCAUUAUGGAUUCAGACAAGGUUAUUGUUUUGGACAAUGGUUUCAUGAUAGAAUACGACUCGCCUGCCAAUUUGCUUCAAGACAAAUCGUCGGUUUUCUAUUCGAUGGCAAAGGACGCAGGUUUAGCGCAAUAA